AUGGAUUACUCAAGUUUUCAUGAAUUUCCAACCCGCUCCACGAUCUUUGAUCGUCGCUGCAUUGCUUGUGAACCCGCCGCUUGCAACUGUGCAUCUGGCGAGACUUGCGAGGAAUCGAGCCGCACGUGCGACCAGUGCCCCCAGAUAUCCUGUGUUCCGUCUAGCCCCACGCCUUCCUCAGGCAGCGGCGGUGGCGGCGGCGGCAGUUCAAAUGCCGGUGCCAUAGCAGGAGGUGUUGUUGGUGGUUUGGCUUUGAUCGGUGGUAUCACAUUCUUGGUCUGGUGGUUCGUCGUUCGAAAGCGGCGCCAGGCCGAGGCCUCUCAGCCAGAGAAGAAUCGCUCUGGUGGUCACCAACGCAGCAGGUCGAUGCAAUCAAUUGCUUCUACUGUGCUGACGCGCGCCUCCAACGUCAUUCAAAUCGCCUACAUCCCCGGUGUCACAAACCGCUCGGAACCACACAGCCCAGGAACCCUGGUGCCUCCUGUUCCACCCCUGCCAAGCGCCCAUACAUCGUCGGCCAGUAACGACCAGUACAUGUUCACUCCCAGUGAUCUCCGCGCCUCUCAAUACUCGGGCAUGACCAACGACCGCCGCAGCAUUGCAACCAGCCUGGCUCGCAGCAGUAUUGCGACCACCAUCUACAGAAACGACGCGAUUAUCAGCCCGAUGCCUGCUCAACAGGCUCGCGCUGCCAAGGCGGCCAUGGUCAGUGUUGCUGGGUCUGGAACCAAUACGCCAGAUACUGUCUCUCUUCGCACGUUCGAUGCACCUGCAGUACCCGCCAUUACCCAGUCCCAGCUUCAAAAGGCCGGAGCCAAGAUCCAAGGCAGCUCUAUCGUCGCGCGUUCAGUCGUCGCUCGCCCCGUGAAUGUCAAGGCAUCGUCAAAGCCCAAGGUCCCUGUUGUGUCGGAGGAAGAGAUUGACUCGGAUUCGACCGAGUCCAUGGCAUCGCACUCGCGCGCCAAACGCUUCGACACCCAAAAAUCCAAGUUUGACGACUCGUCAGACGAUGAGGACAACAGCGGAUCGACGACACCGACUGGCCCAGCCCCACACAACAUUCAAAUCAGUCUGUCGACGCCAAACGAAACCGAGGGUCCGUUUUCUGAUUCGGCCAACCCGGCAGUCAGCGCUCCCACUACCUCGUCCUCUACUCCCUCCACAGAAAACGCCCCUUCACACGCAAACACAAGCUCAACAAACCCGCAGCGAGCCAGUCUAUCCUCGGAACAGAUGCUUGCCCACGAGAACCAACGGUCGUCAAGUCCGUUCGAUGAUGAGCACGAAGUCAAACACUAA